AUGAAGCAACAUCCUCUAGAAAUAUCUGUUUUUAGUAAAACCAGUCCCUCCUAUAAGUUAGGGUCGUCGCUUAUACCGUGGAAUACAGAUUCCCCUAAAGUAUCUAAAGUUGAAAGUUCACAUAAGUCUAAUGCAUCGAGAAAGAAAUUUAAAUUUAAGAGAUGUGAUAGUGAAUGCCAGGGAAAGAGACAAACGUCUGAAAGCGCCUAUUCUUUAGAUCUGUCUGAAGGGGGUGCUCAGAUCAGUGUGACGAAAUGUAAAGAAGUUGAUUGUAAUGAUAGAGCUCACAGGAAGUUACCAACGCCACCUGAUGAUAGGGUACUUUUAGAUAUCUCAAAUAUUAAAAAAGACUGCUGUAUAAAUGAGCAAAUUACAGAAAAAGUUAUCGGCGGUGUAACAACUAAAAUGCAGAUUGGUGAAGGUCCUUGUUACUGUACUUGUGAAUGUACAUUUGGAUUUAUGAAAAAAACAACAUACUGUACAGUUUGUGGCGGGUAUGAAGUAGCAGGUGAAGAACUGGCUCGGAAACCAGCGAUCGAAAUGCCUAUACCUUGUCCUUUUUUUCACAAGCUUGUAGAUAAAAGCAAAUUAAAAACGUGGAGUACUUCCGGCAGUGAGAGUAAAAAGAAGGGUGAAGAUUCAAAGUCUACAAAAGUUAAUUCAUUUCAAAAAGCGGCGGCGUCUGAUAAACGUUUAAUAGUAAGCGAGAAAAAAAGCGUUGAAUCCGAAAAAGACUCUAAAAAAGGCAAGAAGAAAAUAAGGGAUGAUAGAUUUAAAUUUAAUUACGGCUAUAAAGCCCCUCAAAUAGGACACAGUAGAUGUGUGUUACCGUGUUCCGGUAUUCUAGACAAUGUCCCUAAGAACAUGGGAUGGCUUUGGACUGCUGAAAACAUUCCAGGAAUGAAGUUCCGACCUCUGUGGAAACCGGGUGCAACCAGUAAACAUGUAGUAAGACUAUUAAAGAUAGCCAGAAAUCCGGGUGAAGUUAUAUCUAAAAAGAAACGCAAAGAUACGGGCAAGGAGAAACGUCCCCUGAAACGUCCUUUACUUGUGAUACAUAAAAAGGACGGCGAGUAUACUGUAACUAUGGAAACGAUGAAGAAUUAUUCAAAACCAAGAGCACUUAAUCAGCAUCCUUAUGAGGAUAAGCCCGUUGUGACUUACACGAUAGGUAGAACAGAGGAGGAAAAUCGUGAACGUCUUAAAAAGAAGGAGCGUGCACGAAGACGACUUGAGAGAGCGCAACGACACUUUAUACAGGAUACUUUUAGAGAUAUGUGUAAUGAAAUCUGUAUGAAAACAUACCAACAAGCCCUUGGUAUAUUACCCGAAACUGAAGAUCCUGCAUGUUUGUGUUAUCCUGCUUUACCAACAUCAAAAACAACAAACACGAAUGUUUCUUGUUCUUGUUCGGAAGAUAACUCUUCACUUGGCUCUGACACUGAUUCCGAUGAAUGGAUUGUAGAAUUUACACCACCAAAUGCUACUUUUGACCCCACUUAUAAAGGGAAGAAAAUAUUUAAAGUUGAUAACGGAACACAGUAUACAUACCUUGAUUACAGAGUUAAGCUUGUCGACAGAUUUGGAAAUCCUGUUCCAAGAUUCUUUAAAGGGCCAGAUGGAAAACAGCAAUGCAGUGAUUUAGGUGGUUUUUGGAGUCCAGAUAAUAAGUGGCUAGAAAUUAAUGUUGAUGGAUAUAUAGCUCAAGAUGGUAGAUGGGCACCGAAUAUUUUUAUUGGGCCAAGCGGAGAACAUGUGGAUGCUGAAGCGGGGAAAUUUCAGGCUACAAAUGGUAAAUGGCUGAUUGUUGGAGUUGACGGUUAUAUUGAUAGUCAAAACAGAUGGAAAUAUUACCCUAAAGAAACAGGUCCAGUCAAAAGAAAUCUACGUAGCGGUAUGGAUAGUAAAAAAGAAAAAAUAGUUGAUAAAAAAUAUGAAAAAUCCGACGCCAGUUGGAGUUGUUUUGGUGAUGUAUCACCUAAACAUUUGUCAAAAUUAGGAAUUGUAGGUCAUGGUGGAGAUAGAAAAUUACUAAUUUCAACUCUAGAGAAUAUGUUAGCACGUGGAGAAGAUGUUAAUAUACCACAGCCAAAGACAAUAUUUCAUUUACCAUCUACAAAGAAAACGGAGCUAAGUCAAAAGAAUAUUUAUCAUAGGAGUGGCUUCGAUACAAAACGCAAGUGUCACCACUCCUUGCUUUCAGACAAAGGAAUUGUGGCUGUGGAUGGACAGGGAUAUAAAACGAACUUAAUGUUGACUUUAAAAACAAAUGCAAGAGUACAUCAAGGGUGGAAGCCAGGGGCUGUAUCCAAGAAGUUACUGCGAGUGCUGAACAAAGCUAAAUUAAGAAAAUCGAAAGUAGAAUCAAUCAAGCCGAUGAGACGGUUCAAGAAACAAGUCGAUGACAAACCCACGCUUAUAGUAUGUAAAAGAAACGGGACAUACCAUAUAGAAAUGCAAGCCACAAAUAGCAAAGAAGAUAGCAAUGGCGCUUACAAACCUUUGCUAUACAAGAUAGAAUCAACAAAUAAUAAGGCAAAAAUUCGACAAAAGGAAAUGUUACGAAAGCGGCUAAUAAGAGGUGCAGUAAAAGAGAUUUGGUCUGAUCCUUAUCAUCCAGAAUUAUGUGAACAGAUUUGUUUGAAAUCUUAUGAUGAAGAGGCGAUUGGAGUAUUCCCAAAAGAAGAAUGUGAAGAUGAAGAAGGGCCUUGUGACAUUUCAUGUUAUGAAGAAGACGAUAUCAGUUCUUUUGAGAUAGAUUGGGAAAUUCAUUUUACACCACCGUUAAUGUGUUAUCAGGCUUCUCAGCAAAGAAAGUUAAAGUCAAUGGUGGUA